AUGCUCAGUCCCUUCUCUCCGCCACUCCUCUCCGACCCCCACACCCCCAAGCCUUGUUCUCGCGGCCGCUCUCUCCUGCCAGGCCUGCGGGGCCUGGGCGGCGGCAGCAGCGAGGUCCUGCCGCUCGGCUACAGUUUUAUCUCCAUCUCCGACCUCCAGCAUCAACAGUGUACACCAUGCUGCAGUCACCUUACUUGGAGCACCACUGAGUUUAAGGAAUGGGUUCGCCAAAGUGAAGGCCUUUUGUCCAAACAGAGUGCUCUGCCACGGGCUCACCUGAUACUCAUUGGCUAUCUAACCGAUGGAAGGCAGGAGGAGGGAGAGAAGCGGGUAGAUGGCAGCCUAUAUGUGAAAGACAACAGCGGUGCAGUUCCUUGUGAGCUCCUACGUUUUGAGCUGGAGUGGCUGGAGUUGCUGUUUCUCUUCCCCAGUUGGGCAUAUGUGCCACAGAAGGACCAUCGGACAGGAGGGUAUGUGGAGAUCCUGGCAGACCCGGUACCAGUGAAUCCUGUACCAGAGAGGAUGGUUAACACAAUCCCUGUUAUCUACCCAGUGCCAGCUAUGCAGCUGCUCAUCACCAG